CACAAAGAACUACCUCGAUUAACAGUAGUGUGACCUCUAAUACAAAAGUAUCUUCCUGAAGGAAAUCUUAUUUAGUGUCUUGGGUAUGUUUAACACAAGGUCAUUCUACAUGGCGUCUCUUUUAUAGAGAUCUUUUGUGUUGCAAGCCACAUUUCCCAUAGUGGUAAGUAGGGUAACCGGUAUCACACAACAACAGAUGUGAAGGAGUUUGAAUAUAAAGGAACCGUUAUGUGCCUUUUUGCACUUUUAAAAGCCUGAAGUGUAUUCACAAUUCCUGGACAUCAACUGUACAAGUAAAAUUGAAGAGGAUAUGUGCUAAACCAGUGGUCUUUUGGACUGCGACAGAAGACUGAUCUGCUUGACAUGUUCACACAUAGGUAACCUAGGCCACUGGACUUCACCAGAGCAGUCUUCCCUUUGACCACCUCAGCCAUGUCACACAACAUAAAUUCCACAGAAACCCCGAAGCCAGAUGGCUCGCACAUUAACUACACCCUCAUCAGCAUCUCAGCAUUCAGUGUGGUGGUCAUGGCUCUGCUCCUACUGCUCUGGCUGGUGAAAUAUCGCUCGCUGAUCCGCACCAUUCGUGACCUGAAGGGGGAGCAGCGGUUGCAGAACAUUCCUCCACCAGACAUCCCGGCCUCAGUGGACACGGUCACAAUCACCCUGGGGCAGACCACCCCCUCCGACAGUCCAAUGCAGAGACAGAAGUCCAAGUCGGGCUCCAGGUCACUAUGGAGACCUUCCCAAUCGGGUCCCCGCUUCACAAAGGCUGACUUGAGCCUAAUGCAGCUCAUCAAAGCAGGGAAGGAGGGUGUCUUCUACAAGGCAAAGUUGACAAGAGGAACCUGCAAAGGCCACUCAAUAUUCACCUGCAAGAUCACCAAAGAGGGUGUCACUGCUAAACGAGUGGAGACAGAGGUAUCCAUCAUGAGAAAACUGGGACACCAUAAGAACGUGCUACAGCUGCUGGACUGGAACUCCACUGAAGACCCCUACGUGCUGAUCCUGGAGUACGUGAGUUGUGGCACCCUGCGGAGCUUCCUGCAGUCGCACCGGGACAGGCUAAGCUCUGACAGUGAGCUGCAGAACCUCUUCACCAUGGCUGCCUACCACAUAGCACUGGCCAUGGACCACCUGCGCUCCAAAAUGGUGGUGCACUGCGACCUGGCCCUGAGGAACAUCAUGGUGAACAGCUUCCCCCGGGAGGUGAAGGUGGCCGAGUUUGGCCUGGCCCGAGACCUCACCCGCAUGAGGAGCCGACGCAGCAGCCGAAAAAAGCGCCGCGGGGAAAGAGUGCCUCUGCGAUGGUACCCUCCAGAGUAUUUCAGAAACAACUACUACAGUUUCAAAGGCGAUGUGUGGGCGUUUGGCAUAGUGCUCUGGGAGAUGCAAACCUUUGGCACCUUGCCCUACCCCAAUCUCGAGAGCUCGGAAGAGGUUAUCUAUCACAUCUGCGCUGGACAGAGAAACCCAGACCCUGAAAACUGCAGGCCAGAGAUACUGCAGGUGAUGAGGGAUUGCUGGCUGGAUCCCUACACCCUCAGGCCCUCCUUUGUGGACAUCGUCCGGAUCCUGGAGAUCAUCCUGGAGAAUGAUUUGGAUUACGUGGAUGUGGACAACCAAAGGCCACUGAUCGCCGGGCAACCUAACAACUGAGGCCCUGUGGAACCGGCCUGGAUUUGUGUCCCUCCAGCACCCAGAAGGCCCACCCCCCCCCCCCAUUUGCACAGCACUUGUAGCAUCAGAAUGGGAAGAAGUACAAAUGGACAGACAUUCAUUUGAGCUUCAAAAAACAAAACAUCAAUUAAACGGACAGAAGACACACCGUACCGUACACAGUACGGCUCUGUAUUUAAAAUGAAAUUAAUGAAGGCUGGUUUGCGAAUCCUAACAGUGACUAUUGUUUACUAUAAGUAAUUUGUUGACUAUAAGUUAUUUUUCUUAUUUAAAAAAAUAAAUGCCUUUGCCUAUGUCUUUCAAUAUUCAUAUAUAAGCCAAUGUAAGUAUCUUUGUAACAAUACAAUUUAGUAACUUUGUAACUGCACAAUGACAGGUGUAUGGUAUAUCUAAUCUUUCAAAUUGUUUGUGUAUGUCAUAGGUUGUAUCAUGGGUUGAUGUGGAAAAAUAUAUAUAUUUGAGUAAACACUCUUUAAGUGUCCAUGAAUAUAGUUCAAUUGCAAUAUUGCAAAUUUUCAUACAUGAAUUAUAGAUCCCUCCCAAGAAAAAAGUUAUUAAUUUUAUGCAGUUUGUUGAGAUACGAAUAGUCUACGUUACUGCAUGAAACAUUGAGCAACAAUUUGUGCAGCAAUAUUUAGGAUCAGUGCAACUACAUCGGAUCGAAGCCUGACCCCUAGUGGCUCCUUGUUAAAUUACAGUUUUACUCCAUUGUUUGAAUGCAUUGCAGCCAACUGUGGUGUAAGACUGCAAAUGCAGUGAUCACAACUUCAAAUGCAUUCACUGAACUCAUCUUACUGCUGAACUGAUGAUUUCUGGUUCGCACAACUGUCUUCAUUUUACACACAACAAUCACAUUGAAAACAGGGUUUGCAAAACAUUUAACACAAGUGCAGGAAGUGAGUACAGAUUUCACCUUUCAGUCUUUUGUGAAUGCGAGGUGGUGAUUUGAAUGAAAGACAUAAAGGAUAGAAUCAUUCCAAGACAAUGUUGUCUUUCAAAGUAUCACCACUGUGAGUUUGGCCCACUAUGGAGUUCUGUAGAGGAAUGUUGUUCUUUUCUAGCUGCCAACUGUGGUAUGCUAGUUUGAAAGUUGAUUUUACUCUUCAAGGGUUCUGAAUUUAUGUAUGUUCACACUAGGACUCGGAACAGUACUGUCCUCUCAGGUCCACUUUUGCACUUGUUCUUGUGUUUGAUUUGCACUUUGUUGUACGUCGCUCUGGAUAAGAGCGUCUGCUAAAUACCACGUAAUGUAAUGUAAUGUAAAAUGUGGUGCUAAUGAACGGGCUUAAUUAAUUUAUCAGCUUUUUGAAUCGAGACUUAAUUAUUGCUUGUGUGAACUUAUAAUUUCAUGUACUGUUUUUAUAAACCGGGUUUUAUUUUUCUUGUCUGUAGUGAGGAGUUUUUGUGAUGGUAUGUUCUUUUAGUAGACACAAUGAAAUCUUUUAGAACACAAUUCACUUUGCAGCAUGCAUUUGCUAUUUUGCAAACUGAAACUGUUUUUGUUUGAGUCACAUUCUGAAAACCUGCACAAUUGUUUCUAACAAUGCAUCCAAACAAUGAAAAAAAAAGAAAAAAAAAGUUGUGUUAUUAUAAAUGCAAUUCACUCUGAACAUGA